CUCGUCAGUCAGCCAGAGCCAGGCUACACUUGAUGUGACAGUUUAGCCAACAUGACUGCCGGCUCUAAACUGUUGAGGCGAUCCAUCAAAUAUGCAUUCAUCCAAAAGUCUGCUUUUAGCAGCAAAGCUACCUCCACAUCUGAGCAAAUCUUCACAAGAGAAGACAAGUACGGAGCUCACAACUAUCAUCCUCUACCUGUAGCUCUAUCUAGGGGACAGGGAAUAUAUGUUUGGGAUGUCGAGGGAAAGAAGUAUUUUGACUUCUUAAGUGCCUACUCAGCUGUCAACCAGGGCCAUUGUCACCCAAGGAUCAUUGCCACAUUGAAGGACCAAGCUGAGGUCCUCACUCUCACCUCACGAGCCUUUUACUCCGACGUGCUGGGCGAGUAUGAGGAGUACGUCACCAAGCUCUUUGGCUACGACAAAGUUCUGCCGAUGAACACUGGAGUGGAGGGAGGUGAGACAGCGUGUAAACUUGCAAGGAAAUGGGGUUACAAGAAGAAGAAAAUUCCUGAUCACAAAGCCAGGAUAUUAUUUGCUGAAGGAAACUUCUGGGGUAGAACUCUUUCAGCUGUUUCAAGCUCCACCGAUCCAACAUGCUACGAGGGAUUUGGCCCUUUCAUGCCUGGGUUCUCAAUCAUACCUUACAAUGACUUGGCUGCUCUGGAGAGAGAGCUGAAGGACAGUAAUGUGGCUGCAUUCAUGGUAGAGCCUAUCCAAGGUGAGGCUGGUGUCAAUGUGCCUAGUGACGGGUAUCUGAGGGGAGUGAGGGAGCUGUGUAGCAGAUAUAACGUGCUGUGGAUAGCUGACGAGGUACAGACAGGUCUGUGCAGGACUGGCCGCAUGCUGUGUGUCGACCAUGAGAAUGUCAAACCUGAUAUCCUCAUCCUUGGCAAGGCUCUCUCCGGAGGAGUAUACCCUGUGUCAGCAGUGCUAGCAAAUGAUGAUGUAAUGCUUUGUAUACAGCCUGGGGAACAUGGUUCGACCUAUGGUGGAAACCCUCUUGGGUGCAAGGUGGCUAUAACAGCUCUACAAGUGCUGCAAGACGAGAGUCUAGCAGACAAUUCUGAGAGGCUCGGACAGCUGUUGCGGACUGAGCUGGCCACACUUCCUACAGAUAGAGUGUCAGUAGUACGAGGCAAGGGACUGCUCAAUGCUAUUGUCAUUGAUAAAAAGUAUGACGCAUGGGACGUAUGUGUAAGACUGAAGGAGAAUGGACUUCUGGCCAAACCCACUCAUGGUGACAUCAUACGAUUUGCCCCUCCGCUUGUUAUAAAGGACAAAGAAAUGCAGCAGUGCCUUCAGAUUAUAAAGGACACUAUCUUAUCACUAUAGUAACUCACGGAUGAUCGGGUUUAUGUUAAGUAUUAAACAUGUAUUAAUAAUAAAAUACACUA